AUGCAUAACACGCACACCGCGUCCAGCACGCACGCACAUCACGUCCAACACGCACAGCAUGUCCAGCACGCACAUUAUGCCCCACCCACGCACACCACACAACAUACGCACACCACGCCCACCACGCUCACCACGCCCACCACGCUCACCACGCACACCACGUCCAACACGUACACCACGUCCACCACGCACACCACGUCCACACGCACACCACGUCCACCACGCACACCACGUCCAGCACGUACACUACGCCCCACCCACGCCCACCAUACACACCAUGCACAAUGUACACCAUGCCCCAGCCAUGCAGGCCAUCCCACCAUGCACAUCACGCCCAUCACGCAUAACACGCACAGUACGUCUCACACGCACACCACGUCUAGUACGCACACUACGCCCCACCCACACAUAACACGCAACACACGCACACCACGCAACCCACGCACAUCACGUCCACCACGCACAUUACGUCCAACACGCACACCACGUCCAGCACGUACACCACGUCCACCACGCACACCACGUCCACACGCACAACACGUCCACCACGCACACCAGGUCCAGCACGUACACCACGCCCACUACGUACGCCCACUACGCCCCACCCAUGCACACCACGCAACCCACGCACACCACGCCCACCACGCACAUCACGUCCAACACUCACACCAUGUCCAGCACGUACACUACGCCCCACACAUGCACACCACACAACCCACACAUACCACACAACCCACGUACACCACGCCCACCACACGCACCAGCUUCUACAUGCACACCACGUCCAGCACGCACACUACGCCCCACCCACACAUACCACGUACACCAUGCCCCACCCAUGCAUGCCACGCCCAGCACAUCCACCAUGUCCAUCACACACACCAUGCUCAUCAUGCACACCAUGCCCACCACACCCAUUAUAUCCACCAAGCCCCAACCAUGCCCACUGUGCCCUCCACGCCCACCAUGCACACCCUGCCCACCCAAACCCACCACGCCCACCAUGCCUACCAUGCACAUCAUGCACACCACGCCUACCCAUGCACCCCAAGCACACUCCACCUACCACGCCUGACCCACGUAUACCAUGCCCUGAAAGUUUUUAAAAUUAUUUUCAAAAUGGGUCCUGUUGUAUUAUUUGAUUUUUGA